GUCGCCAGGUUCAGCGCCUUUCUCCAAAUACCGAUUUCACGUUAGAUCGUGGCACGAUAGAGAAAUCUCUCUUCGGUUCCGGUUUAUCUUAUCGCGUCAGCGACACUCGAUCACUUGUUUAUCGUAUCUUUAAUAAGGUGUUACAUCAUAAAGAAGUCGGGUUUUAUUAGUAUUUUUUUACUUUUGCUCACUCCGAGAACAAAUUGCACGCGAGAAAGUGCCAACGUGGUGCAUUUCAUUGAUAGUGGAGUGAUAUUCGAAUGGCAUUCUGUUCUGUAAUUUGGCAUUGAUAUGUAUUUAUAUAUACGUGAACGGAAGUAAAUAUUCAACGUAUUUGAAAUGCAACAUUUAUUUAAACAGGAUCGGAGUGAAUGUUUCAUUGAAAUGUGCUCGUCCUACGUAAUUAUAUAAGAUCGAAUUAAUUGACCAACGUACGAGAGCGAACAACGAGGCUUUCACUUUAUUCGGGAACCAAAAAUCCUCUAAUUGGAACGAGCUACGAGCAGCGCAUGAUAUCAGAAUGCGGUGAUGGAAAAAAACAUUCGACCUGAAAAUAUACAUAUCGCAACGGUACAUAUGUAUGUGGAUUAUUAAUCAGAAGACUAUAAUCAUAUCCACAUAUCUACGGACGCUAUAACCCGUAUUAAUAUUGUACAAGAUUUUACGACGUUUCGUGUUGGAGUAAAAACAAACGUGACAUAUCGAUCGCCAAACGUAUCAGAUUCUAUCACACAAACCUCGAUAAACGUUUGAAACGUUUGAAUCUAAACUACUGCAAAAUUAGUGUAACGUAAUCCGUCGGUACAAUUUAUCGCAUUUCUCUCGUGUGAUACAUCGAUAUCGAGAGAUCGAUCGAUUUUCAAGAAUAAUUUACAGAAAUGGACGAUGUUCUGUGACACUUAGAAAAAGUUGCAAGAUGUUACACGUCAGUCAGUCGUCUGACAUUUUAGUAUAAAAUAUCGCUCGUCGGAGAAGAGGACGCUGUAAUUCCCGCUGUGGAAACUUCUGACGCGAUCACUCGUGAAAGGGAAGCAGCAGUUUUCCGUGCCGAUCUCCUUCUCUCUUUCUCUCCACUCGCGCACACGAUUAAUUAACGUCCUCGAUCCUCGGUAGAAAGGAGGAACUGAUCUGGACCUUUCGACGUCAUUCGGCGAGCCCGGUCGCAGGAAGGUCGCAGAGCCAGAGACGAGAGGAUGUUGCUGAGGUAACACGACAUUUCGAGGCCGCACGAGAAGCACGAUAAUCGCAGGACGCAGGACGAAGGUGUCGAUAAUCGCAGCAGGAGGCGGGCGAGUACGCGCACAAAGGAAGGAACGAAGAGGAGCCCGGACAGGAGAUGGGCUUUCCGAGGAGAAGGUCGUUGUGGCUGAAGGUGGCGGUUCUGGCAACCGCCGUGUGGGUGACCGUCUGUUUCCUGCUCUACACCGAGGAUCGGGCAGCCGCCGUUCAGGGGUUGGCGCCAUCGGGGGUUGCGAUGCCACAGCAAGCGAACGGCUUUGUGCCGCCCGCGGCGCCAUUUAGAAAAGAGACGUCCGGGAACGUAUUCAGCAACAGGGCGAAGAUCAAUCAGGCCGGACCGGAGCAAGGUGGUGGAGUACUGGCUGUACCACGGGAUCCGGAUGCUGUCGCACCCGGCGAGAUGGGCAGGCCCGUGAUACUGCCGACCAACAUGUCCGCACAGACCAAGAAGCUGGUGGACGAUGGCUGGCUCAAUAAUGCGUUUAAUCAGUACGCCAGUGAUCUCAUUUCCGUGCACAGGUCCUUGCCCGAUCCACGUGACCAGUGGUGUAAGGAGUCUGGUAGAUACUUGAAGGACCUUCCACCUACAGCGGUAAUUAUUUGCUUCCACAAUGAAGCUUGGUCCGUGUUAUUGCGUACCGUGCAUUCCGUUCUGGACAGAUCGCCGGAGCAUCUCAUACAAGAGAUCAUUCUUGUGGAUGAUUUCUCUGAUAUGCCUCAUCUGAAACGUCAGCUGGAAGACUAUAUGAUGAAUUAUCCGAAGGUGAGGAUUAUCAGGGCGAAUAAACGAGAGGGCCUUAUCAGGGCACGCUUGUUAGGGGCCGCGGCGGCCAAGGCGCCUGUACUCACGUAUUUGGAUAGCCACUGUGAGUGCACGGAGGGUUGGUUGGAACCUCUUCUGGAUCGGAUCGCACGCGAUCCGACAACGGUAGUUUGUCCGGUGAUCGAUGUUAUAGACGACACCACCCUAGAAUACCACUGGCGCGACUCGGGCGGCGUAAAUGUCGGCGGAUUCGAUUGGAAUCUUCAGUUCAAUUGGCACGCGGUGCCGGAGAGGGAGAAAAAGAGACACAAAAAUCCAGCCGAACCCGUUUGGUCGCCAACGAUGGCUGGCGGCCUAUUUUCGAUAGAUCGAGCCUUUUUCGAGCGGAUCGGCACGUACGACAGCGGGUUCGACAUCUGGGGCGGCGAAAAUCUUGAAUUAUCCUUUAAAACCUGGAUGUGCGGAGGCACCCUGGAAAUCGUGCCGUGCUCGCACGUAGGUCACAUCUUUAGGAAACGUUCGCCUUACAAGUGGCGCAGCGGCGUGAACGUGCUCAAGAGGAACAGCAUAAGGCUGAGCGAAGUGUGGCUGGACGAGUACGCCAAGUACUACUAUCAGAGGAUAGGUCACGACAAGGGGAAUUACGGCGACGUAUCGGAGCGAAAGACCCUUAGGAAGAAACUGGGAUGCAAGUCGUUCAAGUGGUACCUAGACAACGUUUACCCAGAACUCUUCAUUCCGGGUGAGGCGGUUGCCUCGGGAGAGGUCCGGAACCUCGGCGAGGGCGGAAACACCUGUCUGGAUUCGCCUGCUCGCAAGGCCGACUUGCACAAGCCGUGCGGACUCUAUCCCUGCCAUCGACAGGGUGGAAAUCAGUACUGGAUGCUCAGUAAAACGGGUGAAAUACGUCGGGACGAAUCGUGCCUGGACUACAGCGGCAGCGACGUAAUUCUCUAUCCUUGCCACGGUAGUAAAGGGAAUCAACAAUGGAUUUAUAGUCCUCAGACUAAUCACAUCAGGCACGGCAGUAGCGACAAGUGUCUGGCGAUCACAGAAAGCAAGCAGCAACUGGUGAUGGAAGAAUGCUCAGCCAGCGCGCCGAGACAGAGAUGGUCCUUCGAGAAUUACGACCCGUCGAAGCUGUGAUACCGCGCCUUCUCACGUCGUCAUUCGCACAACAAUGUUGGUCAGGUCGGCGGACCAUCUUGGCUGCCAGGGAAACGAUACUCAAUCGCCAAGACUCGCUUCGGCAGAUAAAUAUCUCGCAAUAUUCCAAAAUAUAUCGAGGAGAAAUCUCUCCCGAAACCAUUCCAGAUUGCUUGAACGAUCGGGACAAACUCCACGCAAUUCCUAAGAUAUUUUCGUCGAGGAACAAUUGGAGACGAAACAAAAAAGUUCAUCCACCAUUUCAUCGACGAGGACGAUGAACGAAGCGGAAGAUCGCGAUGCAACGAAACAUUCGCGAGGACAAUAUACUUAGAAAAGAAUUUUUUUACUCAAGAAAUUGCAUUUAAUUAGAAUAACUUUUGAGCGCCACGUGGUAUGUUGAUUUUUGAGUUGUAGUUGUUAAGUAUUUCAUAGUAUUGCGAAAGAUUGGCCCGGAUAGGAUCAUGAACGAACGUGAUCGUAUCGACCUUCGAAUAGGCUCUCGAUCGUCACUUUCGUUCGCUGAUCGUUCGCGCUUCCACGAGGAUCAAGGAAGCGGGAUACUCGGUGCCAUCGCAGGAACGUAUCGAUUUUUUGCGAGCGAAUCGUCGAUUGUAGAGAUGACAAAAUGAGUAGAUUGUAGUGAAUAAUUUUUCUUACAUAUCGCGCCUCGACACAAUUUCCAAGAACAAACUGUCUCCAAAAUGUCUUCGAUAAGUCUGAACAAAUGCAAUGGUUAUUUUUUAGAAAGCGUCAAGUGCCAAAUUUAAAAUAUUCUCGUCGUAAGAGAGACUCGUUCUAAUUUUAGUGGCAAACUCUCCGGUGCAAUUAAAAUAACGAGCACGUAUCGCCGUUAAAGAAAACCUGUAAUCGCGUGCACCGAAUGAUUUAAGGAGAUCGUAUUAGACGAUAUUUGCGCAGUCAUACUCUUUUAUUAACUCAGAGUGCCAUGUGCGAGUUCGAAAGAAACGCGACAGAAAUUAUAACUCUCUUAACGCAAGUUGCGUUAGAAAAACUGAAUUUGUUCUAUCAUGCAACAGCUUACAAAAUAACAUGCAUUUGAAGAUGGUUUAUUCUCAAUUUUCACGAGUUAUCUUUGAUGAUUUAUUGAUACUCGGGGAAUUUUUAAGACGAUAACUGUUUGUAUCUAUUGUCAAUGCAGACAAAAACGACAGAUCUUUACUAUUCAUUACAAAGACGUAUGCAUGAUAAUUUUGAUCGAUCAUUACCAUUAUUUCGCAUGUUAAAAAAUAGUUUUUAGAGAUGAGCGUCAUAUUGCAUCAGUCGACGAUUCGACGAUCCGCGAUGACAUUCGUUGAUCGCCCAACGUUAAUCUUUCUUACAAUCUUUUCGGGGAUAAAGUUUGCAUUCCAGAACCGCCGAAACGAUAAAUCGAAGACGGCGACGUUUGGCGUAACAAAAAUAAUUUUUUUUUUUUUUAGUUUUUUAUUUAGAUAUUUGUAGGCAAUUUUAAGGGAAGCUUAGAGGAAAAAGAGAGCGACGAAACAUUCCGAAGACACAGGCGAAUUGUUUCAUCCUGUUUGUACAUUCGUGUAAGAUACGAUGUCUUGAUGCCAGUUCAGGAUAUAAGUACCGCCUAAGUAAGUCUAAGGGAGUGUUCUAAAUGUGUGAACAUGCAUAUGAGCUAUUAAUCCGUGGACUUCUCUUAUCUUCGCUUUCGACAGUCGCGAACGCGAAUGACUCGUGAUUGUGAAUCAGCGAUUAGAGUUGGAUGUAUAAAUCUGCUAAUGAAUACUUCACAAAAAGAGUAUACUUUUAUAGAGAAUCAUGAGUUUUUUGUUAUAAUUUUAACUACAUAUCACGAUACAAGCGAGAGUUGUCGUAAAAAAAUAAUACAUAUUUUGAAAAAAUGAGAUUAUGAUUAUUAACAAGACUUUUUACUUGUUAGUUAUAAUUAUAAAUUUAUAAGAUGUUUUUCUAGAAAAAUGUCUAGUAUAUAAUUACGGCGUAAUCUGACAACUUUUGUGCAAUUCUUCAGGCAUUCUAGUUUAAGACGCAACAAAAAUGAUUUUUGCGUGCCAACAAAAUCGUAGAUAUCGCUACAGAUAUGCGGAAACACUUAUGACAUCGUCGACGUUUUUGUUAUUUUGAAAGAGUGUGUUAUUUGUAAAUUUUGUACGAGUUUUCAUCAUGGGAUGCAAUUUUAUACAUAUCUAUUUCUUUUUCGUUAAAUUGUAUAAAAAAUUUAUUUAAUACUUCUUUAAAAAAAAGCUAAAAAUAUGUAGCGAUCGAAAUUUCAAUAUUAUGUAUGCAUCUUUUUUUUCUAAAGAGGAAAUUAUUUAUAAAAAAAUAACGUGAUAGGUUAUUUAUAAAACAUGUACGUAUAUAUUCUGUUAAAAUCAGUCGAAUGAGAUGUUCAGAAAUCGUAACGAAAAAUGAGUAGCUACUGUUCACACUUUUCGUGGACGGAAUAAAUCGCGUCGCGUUUCAGGUUUGCGAUUUCGCGUGUAAUUAGUCGUGAAUGUACGAAUGCGUUAAUAUAUGGUUAAUUGUGUAAAAGACUCUAAAAGAAAGAAAGAGAGAGAAAGAGAGAAGCAGCGAGUUAGCGUUAACCCGUGUAUGAAUGUGCGCUUAAUUAGAUACGACUAACUAGCGGUUUUCAUCUUAGAACUAAUCAAGUUUCUCGAAACCGCAAGUUUUGCCAAUGCGAGACACAAGACACGUUGAAUAGCUUAGGAAGUGUGAUUGUAUGUCGCGAAUAAUCUCAGGCGAGGGAAAUCGCUUCACGAUUGUCCGAUGUUGAUGACCGAAACGAGAGCAGAUUACUCGCGAGUGCAUGUCGACGAAAUUUAUACAGAAUAUAUAUAUAUAUAUAUAUAUAAUAUAUGACAUUUUCUACGUUUGGUAAGGACGUUGCAUAUCGUAAAGGAAUGGGAGAUGAGAUUGAUAGUAAUAAAAAAAACGUGAAUCACCGCCGGAACAACGUUUCCUGCGCACGGCGCGCGUUUAAUUAAUGUAAUAUCGAACGUGCCUUAUUUCGUGUAUAUAUAAAUAUUACUAUAUCAUUAUAUAUAUACAUUACUACGAACCUCUAUCAUAACGUGCAAGUAUUUGUGUUGAAUAAAUCGAUGUUGUUUUAUGUUA